AAAUGCUUCUCUCUCCCUCAACAUUUUGCAUCAUCGAUUUGACAAUCCCAGCAGCUGUAAUCUUUGUACGAAACAGGACUGAUUACAGAGUGAAAAUCGGCAGAAAAAAAUUCACCUUUUGCGAUUUCGGUUGCCCGCGUAGAGUUCUUCGCCCCCGUUUGCUUCGAGUUUCGAUUAGUGCUUAGUUAUCGGUGCUACUCGUGUAUUAAUUUUGCAAAGAUGCCGACAAUGAUGGAACGAGCUGACAGCGAAGACCCGUUCGAGGUUAGUGAAUUUGUCCGUUUUGGACUACGGUUUGGAGUAACCACGGCGUUGCAUCCGUUCGAAUACGCCAAGGUGUUGAUGCAGAUUGGAUUUGAGCCAAUUCCGGCAGUGCCUGGUAGAACAUUGUUUGGCAAACCCACUUUAGUUCUCCCGAACGUUUUCCAGUAUGCGGCACAUAUUAAACAUGUUGACGGUUUCUAUGGCUGUUUCCGUGGGCUGAGUGCUAAAAUCAUAGGCAAUUGGCUGAGUGCACAUUACAGUGAGAAAAUUGCGGAUAAUCUAGGUCUGGAGGAAGUCAAGCCUCCAGUAUCAAAAGGUAAAAGCAAGAACGAUGAAAGCUCCGCGGAACAGAAUGACCAAGAUGUUGAUGAGAAUUUUAAGAAACAGCUUAAGCGCAACCUGGUUGUGCACACUGCCGGCGUUGUUAUUUCGCAACCUUUCCAUGUUAUUUCGAUUCGUAUGAUGGCUCAAUUUGUGGGUCGUGAAAAAAUUUAUUCCGGUUUGUGGCAGUCGAUCAGAGAAAUCUGGUCCCAGGAUGGUUUGUUUGGUUUCUUUGCCGGUUUUGUGCCCCGUUUGCUCUGUGACAUUGGCUGUUUAAUCAUAUCGAGCUCGGCCACUUACUUGGUUAGUAAGUACCUGAUCCGGGAGCAAGAGGGACGGGUCUACUUUGCAACGCUGUCCCAAUUCUUUGCGUCCAGCAUGUUCUAUCCCUAUCAUGUUGUUUCGACCUGCAUGAUUGUUAACGGAACAAGACUAAAGGCUGGUAACUUACCGAACAUGGAACCGUAUCUCAAUUGGCGCGAUUGCUAUGGAAAAUUGAAGGCAGCCGGAAACCACAAACGAGGAAGUUCAUUGUUUUUCAGAUACUCCUCACGCCCAUUAAAGUCAACGUUGAGUGGCGCGUAUGUCCCAUAUCCGGAAUUGAAGAAGUAUUAGAGAGAAAGAGGGGGAAUUUAAGCAGACUGCCCAAAAGAACAGUUCUUAUAAGUCAACGAAUUGCCAAUGGGCAGUGAAAACUUUUCCGGGAGAGCGUUCGGAUUCCACAUAAACUCUUCGUUUUAACCAUUGUUGUUCUUAUAGCAUUUUCACUCGUUACAACCAUAAAACAUGCAUCGUUCGAAGCAAAGAACAAUUAGCACAUGCAGAAUAAUUAACUUCGAUUGACCUUCUUCGUGUGCGCGUAAAAAAAAUCAAUGCAUCUAAUACGACAAGACACGAUAACGGAGUGGAUUGCAUUUUGAUUCAAGAUUUUGAUAAUUAAUACACCCUUUUUUGCUCGAAAUAAUUGUAUACAGUUUUGUGAUCAGUCUCUGCAUUUGUCGGUUGUAAAUAAUAAAAAAAAAUUAAAAAUUC